GCAGAAGUCAUGGCAACAUCUGGAUUUUCAUAUCGCGAGUCCUUACUGAGAGGAUCUUCAGAAAGGAGCAGCCAUCCUGUUCUAAAUGUAUUUGAGUUGGAGCAGCUUCUGUAUACAGGAAAGGCAGGAUGGCGUCAUGUGGAUGAGGUUUGGCCAGGACUAUAUUUGGGAGACCAGGAGAUAGCAGCCAAUAAAGGUGAGCUGCUAACAAUGGGCAUCACUCACGUUCUAAACGCUUCGCACAGUCGCUGGAGAGGGGGUGAAGAGUACUAUAAAGGAAUGGAGAUUUCCUACAUGGGGAUCGAGGCUCAGGAUUCACCAGUAUUUGACAUGAGUGUUCAUUUCUACCCCGCCGCAGAAUUUAUCCAUAAAGCACUGAGACAGAAAAGAGGUAAGAUUUUGGUGCACUGUGCUGUAGGGGUCAGUAGAUCUGCGACCCUCGUGCUUGCGUACCUCAUGAUACACCAUAACAUGACUUUGGUUGACGCCAUUACCACAGUUAAAGACCGCAGAGGAAUCAUCCCGAACCGUGGAUUUCUACGCCAACUUGUGUAUCUUGACAAUACGUUGAUGAGAACCCAUUAGAAUUAACAUUAUCCGCUAUGCAACCAGGAUGGAAUUUUAUACAAUCUGCAAAAAAAAAAUCGUUUGCCCAGAAGGCUAUUGGUGAAUUUCAAUUUACUCAUUUAUGAAGAGCUUUGUAUUUAAUUGUUGGGUAGGAGAAAAUUUGCAUUAACAUUGUAAACAUUUUUACAUUUUAUAAUGUGAUACAAUAAAGGUAAAGAAUGGA